CACGUGUAUCUUAGCAGUCUUCACUUCAGGGUGGGAGAGUCUUCCAGCACUCAGCAGUGGAGCGACACUGGCAGCCGUGGCGGCCGCCUCUCACCCUCCCACGUCCCGUUUUCAGUAAUCGACACUGAUGCGCCCAGCCGCCUUCAGUCCCCGUUCCCUCACAGCUCUGCUGAGAGCUGGCGUUUUCACCGGGGUUCCCUGUCAUCAUUACCGCGCAUUUUAUAACAACUCACACACUCUGGACUUCAUAAUAAGCCACCGAGUAGUACUUUAACCCUCCGUUUCUGAAUGACGGGCGGUCGGUUCGACUUUGACGAUGGUGGCACCUACUGCGGAGGCUGGGAGGAUGGCAAAGCCCACGGCCAGGGUGUGUGCACCGGGCCCAAGGGCCAGGGCGAGUACUCGGGCUCGUGGUCCAACGGUUUCGAGGUGGUCGGUGUCUACACCUGGCCCAGCGGGAACGUGUAUCAGGGCUACUGGGCGCAAGGGAAACGUCACGGACUCGGCGUAGAAACCAAGGGGAGGUGGAUUUACCGGGGAGAGUGGACUCACGGGUUCAAGGGCCGCUAUGGAGUCCGUCAGAGCCUUAAUACACCGGCCAGGUACGAGGGCACCUGGAGUAACGGACUGCAGGACGGAUAUGGCGUGGAGACGUACGGUGAUGGAGGUACCUACCAGGGUCAGUGGACUGGUGGGAUGCGUCAUGGCUACGGCGUGCGUCAAAGUGUUCCGUACGGUAUGGCCUCUGUCAUCCGCUCACCCCUACGCACCUCACUGUCUUCCCUCCGCAGUGAGCAGAGUAAUGGUACAGUACUGCGUGACAGCCUGUCUGACAGCCCUGCUGGUACACGCGGUGGCUUUGUACUCAACUUCCACUCAGACGGAGAAGGUUCAGAGAAGAAGAAGGGUCUUUUUCGCCGUGGCUCCCUCUUCGGCAGCCUUCAGCGAUUGCGCAAAUCAGACUCGCGCUCAUCCAUUUCCAGUAAGCGCAGCUCAGCACACAGUGACACCACCAUGAGCCGCAUCAGCUCAAGCGACGCCAACUCCACUAUUAGCUUUGGAGACGGAGACCCAGGCGAUGACUACCUGCCUCUGGAGGACAAUGUGGAUGCCACCACCACCGAGUCAUACAUGGGGGAGUGGAAGAAUGACAAGCGCAGUGGCUUUGGUGUCUCAGAGCGCUCUAACGGCAUGAAGUACGAAGGUGAGUGGUUGAACAAUAAGCGCCAUGGCUACGGCUGCACCAUCUUUCCUGAUGGCACCAAGGAAGAAGGCAAGUACAAGAACAACGCGCUUGCCCGGGGCAUCAGGAAGCAGCUGAUCCUGCUGAAGAACACCAAGACCAAACAGAAGGUGGAUCGAGCCAUUGAGGGAGCAGUGAGAGCAGCAGCUAUCGCCAGAACCAAAGUAGAGAUUGCCAUCUCCAGGACGUCCCAUGCCCGGGCCAAAGCGGAGGCUGCAGACCAGGCUGCACAGUCAGCCAGUCAGGAUUCAGAUAUUGCUAGAGCUGUGGCCAGAGAGCUCUCCCCGAGCUUCCAUCAGCCAGGCCCUGACUACAUACGGCAGAAGUAUAAUGAGCCAGUAGAGGUAAAGGAGGUUCCUGUGGAGGAGAAAAAGGAGAAGUCUUCAUCAGGGAGCCCUCAUUUCUACCGGAAAGGCACAACACCCAACCAGUCUCCAUCUCAGAGCCCAGAUCCCAGCCCCACUCCUUCACCCACUGUUGUUAAAAAGACCUUUUUUAACAGUAAAGUUGAUGCUGCCGUCACUCCUGGGAAAGAGAACAAAACCACAACAGCUGAGUCUUUGACAGCAGGCAUUUCAAAAACAGCAUCAAAACUUUCUUUCAGACAGGAAGUGAGGCAACAGGAGGACCCUCCAGCAGUCAAACCAGAUGUUACCAUGACAGUCAGCAGUUACCCCAGCAAUGGGCAGAUUCACUCCCAGUAUCACGGUUACUAUGUCAAGGCAGAUGUCAAGAUUCCGCCACCUGAAGAACCAACUGGUGGGGAGGAUGACCUUCACCCAUUAAGCCUUGCACGCUUGCCGCCACCUGCCAAACAGAUUUGGACACCAGCACUAAAAUCCCUGCCCACCCCUAGCCCUUCCCCAGUCCCAUCUAAAGAGGACACCAAAGCACCAGAACCUCCCAAGCCAAAACGGCAGGAAUCAACCAAACCAAAGAGCCUAGCAGAAACCAAGAAAGCUAGUGUGGAAAUAGCCCCUGAAAUUGUAGAGGAGGAAUCGGGCCCGAACUCUAUCUUGGUGGCUCUAGUGAUGCUGUUGAACGUAGGUCUAGCAAUCAUUUUUGUCCAUUUCCUCACCUGACCAAAUCUGAAAUCAGGGGACUCAUCCAAACUAGUUGCCCAAGUCGCUAACUCUCCAUCAGCCAAAUGGCCAAAAAUGGCACCCCUCAGAACGGCAGACACGAGCAAAACGGAGGACUGAAAAUAGACGCAUGAAGGUGGAGAAGAAGUGGGGGGAAACACAUGGAGGAGAGAGAGGGGAAAAGCAGAGAGAGAGAGAAAUAUGAAACCACCCCACCCCACCCCCUCUCUCUGGAUGGACUGAAUGAUUUGACUUGACUUGAUUGAACUGGCAAUGAUGAUUUGUGACUCCACUUAGGUGUGUGAAAGCUGUUGGUUGGAAAUGGGAGCCACAAGUAUGGAUUCUCUAUCAGGUUUAGAAAUAACUGGAAGAGUUCAGUGAAUGUGAGUGAGGCCUGGCAUCUAUACUACCUAUAAAUGCCUGCAAUGUGCGUGCUUGUCUGUCUGUCUGUCCAUUUUCAUCCAACUGUUCAGCAAAUUUGGGAGUUUUGAAAGGGUUCAAUAAAAGGUUUGUGCGUCAUCCAGCUGAGUUGAAGAUCAUUUUUCCCAAUUUAAAUGAUCAACCAGAAAAACAGAGAGAGCCUUUACAAUGUUGAUUAGUAAUGGAAAUGUAAUUAUUGUCAAAGUUGGUAAUAUGCCAUGCUUUCAUUCUAUUAAACUACCAUAAGAUCGGCCACUUAUACUUAUUACAAUUACAAUAUUUAGAACACAUUUGCAGGUUGUGGUAAUCAGAAAGCCAAUUUUGAGUUGUAGUGCACUGUGUUUGCACUAUUCCCUGGGGCCUUUAUUAUUUAGUCAAUGUCUAUCUGCUGUCAUCUGCUGCAUGUGUUUAUUACAGUGAGAAAGUAUGUUCAGCUUCGAGUAAGCAUGCACAUUUUUGCAAUGACGGAGGAACUUUUGUUGAAUUUUGCGGCUUAUACUCAACUUUUGUUUUUUACAAAACAAUCCACACAAAACUAUUUGCGUGUGUGUGUGUGUGUGUGUGUGAGUGUGGAUAUGGGUGGGUGGGUGGUGGACUGGAUAUGUUUAGAGAUGCACUUUAAGCUGAUGGAUGCCAACAGCUGCCUUACUAUUUUACAGAGUGACGUGCUGGUGGGUGAGAAGGGCCCAUGCGGGAAUGUAAAGCGCUUGGCUGAUUCUCCCUCUGCCAUGUCCUGGGAGAGUGGCUCUAUUUCUAUCAGUCUGUGUAUCGAUCUGUUCAUAUCUGUUUUCUGUGGGUCUCAGUGCCUGCCGUUUACACACCACAUCAGGUGUAUACCUGAGGUGAUAAGACAAUCAUAGGAGUUUAUAGCAUUUGUAAAACAUAACCACAGCCUAAUAGUUUUAAAAUGGUUCAUUGCAAUUUUGCAAACAGUGUUAUUCCAUAGUGUAUUUCCUACUUGCAAUUAAUGAAUGAAUGGUUGAAAGAUUCCUUUUGACAUGGCCUUCACUGAUACUUGCUGAACUAUUAAUUUAUGUUACGAUAUUUCCAUUUAUGUUCCCACAGUCCUGAUUACUAUUGUUCUUAAUUUUACAUUGACUCAUCUAUCCUAAUGAUAGAGCAUGGAGUAUGAUAACAGUAUAUACCAUAUAGGAUUGUAUUUGACAAAACCCAAUUUAGAAGAUUUAGAUAGACUCCCUGAUUUCAUAAUGUGUAACCUCCUAGCUCACUGUUUGAACAUGUUUAGAAGCUUAGCUGUGUAAAAUUUCAAGCUAGUGGUAAAAACAUUUCAACAAUUAUUGUGACGAGUUACUGAGUAAGUGAAUAA